CAAUCGGUACAUACGUAUUUGUUUUUGUUUCGCGCACAGUGUGCAAUUAUUUGCUGUCACCGUAGUUCAUGGUUUAUUGGUAAAAUUUACGUGUCGAGGAGUGUAAAUAUUUGGAGAAUUGCUGCUUUUCAGUUUUUUUUUUUUCAUUGUUCGCCGUGUUUUCAAUUUUCAACAAUUUGGUCAUCUAUGCCACUUCGAGGGUCUCGCAACCACGUGUCGUUUUCGUGCAUUUUUAAAGUGCACACUUGAAACGAUCUCAACCUAUUUCGCUAGCGUGUUUUCGUCUCUUUUUUUUCGUCCGUGUUUUGUUUAUGUGCUGUGGUGGUGAUAUUUAAAGUUUUUUGAUUGACAUUAAAAUCAAUAAUCAAGCCUAAUUUUGGGUAUUGGAAUACUAUAAAUAAAGAAAAACGAUAUAAGUUUAAUUCUUGAGUUCAGCUGACCGAUAAGAAUGCAUUUCGUGAACCGACAAUGUGUGUUCACAUGCCUUGGUGUUGGGCUCGUGAGUCUCGGUAUUAUCUUGACAGUAUUCUGGAUGGACAUUUUUCGUACUAUAUUAGCGACGGAAUUGGCACUAAGACCAAACUCAAAGAGUUAUCAAAUGUGGAAAAAUUCACCGUUGGCGCUAAACUUUGAUAUUUAUUUGUACAAUUGGACCAAUCCGUGUAAUUUAACGGCGGAUGAUUAUGAAAAACCGAUUCUCGAUCAAAUCGGCCCGUACCGAUUCCGUGAGAAAACGAUGAAAACAAAGGUUAAAUGGCAUCCAAGCAAUUCAACGAUCAGUUAUCGACGAAAGAGUGUAUAUUAUUUUGUUGAGGAAGAGAGUGCUGGACGACUUGAUGAUAAAAUCAUAACAAUAAAUGCAGUUGCUUUGUCAGCGGCACACACAGCCCGCGAUUGGAGUUAUGUAAUGCAAAAGCAAGUGUCAAUGGGCUUGAACUUGUACAACCAACAUUCGUUUAUCGUGAAAGAAGCUCGUGAAUUGCUAUUCGAUGGCUAUGAAGAGGAUUUAAUUAACAUGGCAAAUGAGAUGUCCAAAUUUGGUGCAUUGAAAUUAAACAUUCCGUAUGAUCGUUUUGGGUGGAUGUAUGGUAGAAAUGAGAGUGAAGACUUGGCUGGUCAUUUCAAUAUCAAGACCGGUCAAGAUGACAUUAUGGAGUUGGGUGUGACGAAAACAUGGAAUUAUCAACCAGAAACACCAUACUAUCCAAGUCCAUGCAAUGAAGUUCGCGGCAGCGGUGGUGAAUUCUAUCCACCGGGACAGACAAAAGAUCAACCAUUAACAUUUUUCAAUGGCGAACUAUGUCGUUAUCUUGAUCUGUACUAUACCGAAGAACAAGAGAUUAACGGAUUAAAAGUGAAUAAAUAUGCGGCAACGGAACGAUCAGUCGACAAUGGCACCAAGUACAGUGAAUACAAAUGCUUUUCGCAUGGCGAAAGUCUUCCAUCCGGUGUAAUGAAUGUAUCGGCCUGCCGUUAUGGUGCACCCGUGUUUGUAUCAUUCCCACAUUUCCAUGCGGCCGAUCCAUACUACUUGCAAUUCGUUGACGGAUUAAAACCAAACAAGAGUCAACAUGAGUUUUAUAUUGCAAUGGAAGCAGAUACCGGAAUCCCAGUGGAAGUGGCUGCCCGGCUACAAGUCAAUGUAAUGGUCCGACAAUAUUCGAAUAUCGCACUGUUCCAAGAGGCGCCAACGAUAUUCUUCCCAGCACUAUGGUUCGAGCAAAAAGUUCGCAUUCCUAGAGAAAUGACCGACGAACUGAUGAUCGCCGCUUCGAUGCCAAUGAUCGGAUACAUUUGCAUCGGUGUACUUAUUGCCAUCGGAUUGAUUCUGCUAAUGUUUGCUGCCUGUCAACGAAUUCGCCAACGAAGUAUCACAAAAAAUACGUUGCACAAAGAGGAAUUGGCCAUCAAAAAUGGAAUUCCAAAUGAGAAACUCAAUCGAAAUAUCAUCGAAGCCGAACAAUCACCAUUGAUGAAAGAUAAAAAAAUGCCGGAAAAUUUUGUUAUAAAACCAAUCCAUUAUCCACAUAUACCCAUAGCUCCGUUAGCUUUGCCAGACACCGACUUUGAAUUGAAUUCAAUCACAAAAAAUCAUUAGUUUUGAGAUAUUAAUACAUUUAGUUGUUAAUAAAAAUGAAUGUAGCUAUAAAAUAGGGCCAUUUCAAAUUGAAUCAUGAAUUGGAAUUGAUUCAGAAGACGUUCGUAGCCAAGUGCGAUUUCACGAUAAUUCUCUUGAUAUUACACAAUUAUCGGACAGAUUUCGGUUUUUGUCUGUUGACAGAUUUUUUUUAUAGAGAAUUUUGUUUCCAUUGAUAUCGGUUGCGAACCACGACGAUCGGCAACAGAAGCUAAGGCAUUUAAAAUAAAUAAAUUUGUAAUACUUCCAAAGCAGGUUCUGUUAUCAUAGCAAAUACGUCUAGAGAUUAGGCUACAACCUAACGAGUAAUUAAGUAAUUUUCAUCUUUUUCUAUGUUGCGCUAAUUGUUUUGAUUCCCGUUCGGAAAAAAAACGACUUUGAGACAGAUAAAUAAAUCUAAUUGUGUGCCAAAUGCAAAA